AUGUCGGACGACAGAAGCAGCCAUCUCACCCGGGGCAACCUGUUUCACCUGUCGGGCAAGGUUGCGCUCGUGACGGGGGGCGGGUCGGGCAUCGGCCUCAUGAUCGCGCAGACACUGGCCUGGAAUGGUGCCAAGGUGUACAUUGUCGGGCGGACGACGUCCAAGCUGGACCGCGUCGUGGAGACGCACAACGCGCCGUCGAUGCCGGGCCGGAUCGUGGCGCUGGCGGGCGACGUGUCAAGCCAGGAAGGGGUGCGGGCACUGCACGAGUCGUUUCUGGCGCACGAGCGGCGGCAACAACACGACGGAGGAAACAAGGGGAAGAAGAAGGAGGAUGGGGGGGAGGAAGAAGAAGAAGAGGAACAAGAGGUGGCGCUCGACGUGCUCGUCAACAACGCGGGCGUGGCGAGCGCAAAGGUCGAGACCGACGCCAACGAGAGCGCCGACGACGUGCGGCGCAGCCUGUUCGAGGCCUCGCACAGCACCUUUGACGACUGGAACGCCACGUACAACACAAACGUGACAAGCGGCUUCUUCGUGACGGCGGCGUUUGCGCCGCAGCUGCAGCGCGCGGGCGAGCGGCGCGUGGGAUGGUCCGCCGCCGUGGUCAACGUGUCGAGCGUCUCGGGCCUCAUCAAGCACUCGCAGCGCCACUUUGCCUACAACGCGAGCAAGGCGGCGGCGGUGCACCUGACGCGCAUGCUGGCGGCGGAGAUUGUGGGCGGUGGAGGGGAGAAGAAGGGCGUGGGCGUGCGCGAGGAAAGGAAGAAGAAGACGAAGGGGUAUGGUGAUCAGGGGGGGAACAACGGGGCGGCGGCGGCGGAGGAGGAGGAGCGCACGACGGGCGCCAGCAGGCUCAAGAUUCGCGUCAACGGCAUCGCGCCGGGCGUCUUCCCCAGCGAGAUGACGGCCGGGGAGAGCGGCGGCGACCAGAAGAGCGAGCUGGGCGACGUGCACUUUGCGCGGAGCCACGGCGAGGACGUGCCCGCGGGGCGGCCCGGCGACGAGCGCGACAUGGCGCAGGCGGUGCUCUUCGUCGUGGGGUGCACGUACCUGAACGGGCAGACGGUGGUGGUAGACGGUGGGUACACGCUGGGGGCGGGCAUGUGA